AUGGGCUCUCCAUCCAAAACUUCCCAGGCUGCCCGCCUCCAGAACGACUUCGGUGCUGACUACUGGGUUCGCAACAAGGAGACGCACAGGCAAUCAACCGCUGGACGAGGUCUCUUCGCCGGUCUCCAGGAUGUCAAAUCCUACAAUGUCGACCACGGCUGGGCACGUCGUAAGUCCGGCGAUGCGCAGACUGGAUUGAUUGGAUCUCUUUGGAAUCGAUUUACUGGUGGAUCGUACCACCCACCGUCGUCCUAG